AUGUUAUCCAAACAAGGCUUUUGCAGCAACUGUAACACCACAGCUACACCUUUAUGGAGGAGGGCAGAGGAUGGAAGCUAUCUCUGUAAUGCAUGUGGACUUUACUACAAGAUACACGGGAGGAAGAGACCUACAAAUUUCAAAGCGGAUUCCGGAAAGUCGAGAGUAAGAUGCAGAAGAGUUGUGGAGGAAACAGGCAAUGGCCACAGAGCGACUGGAUGGACUCUCCAUGAGCAUCGAAGCGGAGUUCAAGACCAAUCCAAUAUAUACCAAGAGGAAAACCAAAGGAACUUGGGAGCAAAGCCAUCAGAUUACCAAAUGAAACACGAUGGCUUCAAGCGGAAUAGAGAAAUUAUAUCGGUAGAUUCUGAUAAGGAUGUGUUCUAUGACGACUUUGGAGGACCCAGGGACGAAAGAAGAACACUUUCGGGGAGUAGAGGAAACUAUAGACACGAUACAAACACAGCCGCAACGUCCUUGAUUAGGAGGCACUUCGACAAAAGACCUGGGAAGAUUCCACAAUUUAUGAUUGGAUCGGAAGGUAAAGAAAAGGUAUCAAAUUCGGAGGAGCGAGAAAAGGACGCCAUAGAAAUGCAAACAAAAGAAAGAGAUGAGCACGAGAUAGACUUGGAGGAUUUUGAGGUGAUUGCAGUUAAUGCUCUCUUGGAUUUGUCCCGUGAGAGGAUUUAG